GAAGACUGGAGUCUCUGCUUCUUAAUUAAGUGAACUUCUCUGUGACAGGAGAUAUCUUCUCACGGGAAAAUAAUAUUUUAACAAGAAACACCACGAGGACAGGCUUUUGUUUUAUGGCAUGCAGGCACAGAUUCCAAUCAAAUGUGCUGCAAAAAAUGAAUUAGCGAUGGAAGUUCAUAGCCGUUUAGUGCGUAAUUGUACUACGGUGUUGGCUGUAUUAGCGUUUUUGUUUACAAUUGUUGCAGGUGAUCAGCGUCUUCUAAAUAACAGAACAUGCACUCCUGCGGAAGCUGAGCCAACACUUAACUCAAGUUCGUGUUACCCUCUGGUAAAUCUCAGUCGGCCAUUUUGUCAAAACCAUGGUAUCACCUUGGCGUACUACGUAUACAGCACGCCUGCCAACCAAAUUAAGAGGAAUAAAAAUCUAAAUUCAAAAUACGACGUCUACAAGAAUAUCGGCGCGGCAGGAAUAAGUUUACUUAUUGAUGUGAAUAUCACCACUGUCAAAAAGUGCAUGGAUGCUUUGAGUGUAAUAUCAUGCCAUUACCUUUUCCCCAGUUGUGAUGGAACCCGAAGUGUGUUCAGUAGGCAAUAUAUUUGUCGCGAGACCUGUAUCGAAGCAAAGCAGAUAUGUGGUAAAAUAUGGGAAAUGCUGGGAAAGAAGUAUUCAAUCAAAUCAUCCAAGAGUAAGAGUCAUGUCCGUUGCGAAUUACAGCCGUACAGGAAUGCCGGUGACUCCCCAGAAUGUUGGUACGAUGACCUUUUAAACUCUACAGAUUCAUCCACCGUUCCAGAUCUAUCAAUCUAUUCAGAUUGUCUGCAUUUACACGGGAGCAGUUAUCGAGGAGAGAUAUCUGUGACGGCCUCCGGAACUCCGUGUCAGUCGUGGACCGAACAAUGUCCACAUCGCCACACGAUGAACACGACAUACCCAGAAUUGAAUAACGCCAAGAAUUAUUGUCGAAAUCCUCAGAACUCUGGACAGCGACCGUGGUGUUUUACCACUGAUCGGAACAAGAGAUGGGAGUACUGUGAUAUCCCUAAAUGUAAACCAGUUGAUGGGAAAUAUGGAAAAUGGUCAUUAAAUAGUACGUGUAAUGUCACUUGUGGUGAAGGUUUUGAAAUAUGGACAAGAAAGUGCAACAAUCCUGAGCCCAAGCAUGGUGGGAAAAACUGCAGUCAUCUUGGAGAACCUAUUGAAAACAGACGUUGCAUAACAAAGCCUUGUCCUGUUGAUGGAAAAUACGGAAAAUGGUUUUUAAAAAACUCUUGCAAUGUAACGUGCGGCGAGAGUUUUAAAAUAUGGACAAGAAAGUGUGACAAUCCUGAGCCUAAGCAUGGUGGGAGAAACUGCAGUCACCUUGGAGAGUCUAUUAAGUUCAAACCUUGCAUACUAAGGCCUUGUCUAGGAGAAAAGAAAUCAGAAAAAUCCUUUGAAUCUUGGACGAUUUUUGUCACUGCUGCUGGUUCUGUUUUUGUUAUUGCCGUUGCUCUGAUAUUUUUUAAUAUUCUUCGAAGAAGACGACGAAAUAAAGCGAACAUUUUUUCGGAGCGCUGGGAGACAAGCUACACAAAGACGACCUCCGAGAAAGGAUUCAAAGAAGUGGUUCCUUCUCGAGGCUUUACGAUGAUUUUAAGCGCUGAUUUCUGUGGUAGUGCUGCUGCCCUGAUUAUAAUAAUAAUAAUGAUUUUGGGUUCAAAUGCUGCAGAUGAACGCCAUCUUCAAAACAGCAACAGGACGUGCAUAUCUGCAGAAGCUGAGCCAACACUGAAUGCGAGCUCAUGUUACCCUCUGGUAAGCCUCAAGCGGCCAUUCUGUCAAAACCAUGGAAUUAUUUUAUCAAACUACGUAUACAACACACCAAUUAACCAAGUUCGUAGGAAUGACGAUAUGAAUUCAGAUUACGACAAAGUGACGAAGAUAGGUGCGACAAAAAUAAGUCGAUAUUUCGCAGUAAAUAUCACCACUGUAAAGAGGUGUAUAAAGGCUUUAAGUUCAUUAUUUUGUCAUUACUAUUUCCCGAGUUGUGAUGGCACACUAAACGUGUACAAAAGACAAUACAUUUGCCGAGAGUCGUGUCUUAAAGUUACGCAGAUGUGUGGAAAUAUCUUGAAAGUGCUUGAACAGUAUUUUAUAUUCAAAUUCCCAAAAAAGAUGAGACUCGUCAGUUGCGAAUUGCAACCGUACAGAAAUGCUGGUGACUCCCCAGAAUGCUGGUAUUACAACGAAGGCUCAAACUCCACAGAUUCAUCCGAAGUCUCGGAAUACGCUAUUGAUGCAGAUUGUCUGCAUUUAAACGGGAGCAGUUACCGAGGAGAGAUAUCUGUGACGGCCUCUGGUAUUCCGUGUCAGUCGUGGACCGAACAAUGUCCACAUCGCCACACGAUGAACACGACAUACCCAGAAUUGAAUAACGCCAAGAAUUAUUGUCGAAAUCCUAAGAACUCUGGACAGCGACCGUGGUGUUUUACCACUGAUCGGAACAAGAGAUGGGAGUACUGUGAUAUCCCUAAAUGUACACCAGUUGAUGGAAAAUAUGGAAAAUGGUCUUUAAGCAGCACGUGCAAUGUUACUUGUGGUGAAGGUUUUGAAAUAUGGACAAGAAAGUGUAACAAUCCUGAGCCUAGGCAUGGUGGGAGAAACUGCAGUCAUCUUGGAGAACCAAUUGAGAAACGACCUUGUAUCAGGGAGACUUGUCCUGGUGAACGCUAUUAUCAAAACAACAACAGCACGUGUACCCCUGCAGAAGCUGAGCCAACACUGAAAGGGAGUUCGUGUUACCCUCUGGAAAACUUCAAGCGACCUUUUUGUCAAAACCACGGAAUCACUUUAUCAAACUACAUAUAUAACACACCAGCUAAACAAGUUCGUAAGAAUCGCGAUAUGAAUGCAGAUUACGACAAAUUCACAAAGAUGGAUAAGAGAAACAUAAGUAUUUUUUUCAAAGUAAAUGUCACAACUGUUGAGAAUUGCGUGAAGGCUUUGGGUUUAUUAUUUUGUCAUUACUAUUUGCCGAGUUGUGAUCGCACCCAAAGCGUGUACAAAAGACAAUUUAUUUGCCGAGAGUCGUGUCUUGAUUUUAUGCACAUAUGCGGCAAUAUCUGGAAAAUACUUGAACGGUUCCUUAUUUUUCAACACCCGGAGAUGGCAAAACUCGUCAGUUGUGAACUACAACCGUAUCGAAAUGCCGGCGACUCUCCAGAAUGCUGGUAUUAUAAUGAAUUCUCAAGCUCUACAGAUUCAUCUAAAGUCUCAGAAUUGGAUAUUUAUGCAGAUUGCCUAUAUUUGAACGGGAGUAGUUACGAUGGCAACAUAUCUGUGACGGCCUCUGGUAUUCCGUGUCAGUCGUGGACCGAACAAUGUCCACAUCGCCACACCAUGAACACGACAUACCCAGAAUUGAAUAACGCCAAGAAUCAUUGCCGAAAUCCUCAGAACUCCGGACAGCGACCGUGGUGUUUUACCACUGAUCGGAACAAGAGAUGGGAGUACUGUGAUAUCCCAAAAUGUAAACCAGUGGACGGUAAAUAUGGAAAUUGGUCCUUGAACAGCACGUGCAAUGUUACUUGUGGUGAAGGUUUUGAAAUAUGGACAAGAAAGUGUAUCUAUCCAGAGCCUAAGCGCGGUGGGAGAAAUUGCAGUCAUCUUGGAGAGCCAAUUGAGAAACGACCUUGUAUAGCAACAAAGCUUUGCCCUGUGGACGGUAAAUAUGGAAAAUGGUCUUUAAGCAGCACGUGCAAUGUCACUUGUGGUGAAGGUUUUGAAAUAUGGACAAGAAAGUGUAACAAUCCAGAGCCUAAGCGCGGUGGGAGAAACUGCAGUCAUCUAGGAAAACCAAUCGAGAAACGACCUUGUAUAGCAACAAAGCUUUGUCCUGACAGCUGGGAGAAAGUAUCACCAUGUAGUGUCACGUGUGGCGAGGGUGUUGAAGUAUGGAAACGACGUUGUGCGACUCACCGUGGAAAAAGUUAUAGAAACUGUAGCGAGUGGGGAGCAACUGAAGAGUUCCGAUCAUGUAAAUUGAAACCAUGCUCAGCUUCAAAAGAAAAAUCAAGACAGGUCGAUUACCAGGUGCUUGGUGCCACCGUGGGCGUUUCUGCUCUCGUAGUGAUUGUAGCAAUUACAUUUUGUAUUAUUACUGUUCGAAGGAAACGGCGAGAUAGAGAUUCUUCCUAUUAUGCAAUGCCGAAUUUUUCUUCUGAACAAUGAGCAUUUUCCUAGUUCUGCACCACACGAGACCAACUUACGGUACAAAAUAAGGUUUUUAAAAGGAAUGAAAGAAAGCUGGGAAUGUGCGCGCAAUGGAAAAAAUCUUUUGAAGACAAGUUUCACCUCCAGACACGCGUCGACGAAUUCGACCUCACAUUUCUGGUGGAAGAUAGCGUUCCAGUUUUUUUCUGUUCAAUGGUUGCACGUAAUAUGCAAUCGUAUAUAAUCGUUAUACAUAUUAUGAACUCGCGCUGGCGUUACAGGCCAGAUUAUUAGGUUCUCUAUGAGACGCAUGCAAAGGCUUAAGCUUUAUGCGUGUGAUACCAUCAUCUUUGUUUAUAUAUACUGAUCAGCUAUUUGAUUAGAAAGAAGCUUUCCCAGAAAAAUGUUAUGCUUGUAUGUUAGGUUUAUAUUAUUAAACUUUGUUCUUGCUA